CUCUCGAGCAGCUGCUCACAGAACUUGAAGAUUUUCUGAGGGUACUGGACAAGGAGAACUUGAGCAGCACUGCUGUUGUGAAGAAGAGCUUCCUCUCUGACCUUCUGCGAGUCUACACCAAGUCCAGUGGUGGCGAUGAGGAGUAUAUUUAUAUGAACAAAGUGACCAUCCAUAAACAGCAGGGUGACCAGGAGAAACAAGACAAAGCACUAGAUCGGAGAAGCUCCUUGACCAAUGGAGACUCAGGACUGCACUUGUCCCCUCCUCAGAAGAGCCUGCCGGACCUCCCCCCUCCAAAGAUUCCUGAAACAAAACAACCUCCUGUCCCCAAGAUCGAAUCCCCAGAGGGAUAUUACGAAGAGGCUGAGCCAUAUGAUGUCUCUGUAAAUGGUCUUUUUGGUAGGCUUGCUGCGGCUGGACCCAGGCCAGGGUUGCAGGUUACUGAGGGCGUUAUUUAUGCCACAAUAACAAUGGAAGAUGGUGAAGCCGUUAGUAGCUCCUAUGAAUCUUACGAUGAAGAAGAGAGCAGCAAAGGCAAAUCAGCAACCCAUCAGUGGCCAUCCACAGAGGCCACCAUUGAGCUGAUGAAGGAUGCCCGCAUCUGUGCAUUCCUGUGGAGAAAGAAGUGGCUGGGACAGUGGGCAAAACAGCUGUGUGUUAUCAAGGACACCAGGUUACUGUGCUACAAGAGCUCCAAAGACCACAGCCCUCAGCUCGAUGUGAAUUUGCUGGGCUGCACUGUCAUUCACAAGGAAAAGCAAGUGAGGAAGAAAGAGCACAAGCUGAAGAUCAUCCCCAUGAACGCUGACGUCAUUGUGCUGGGGCUGCAGAGUAAAGACCAGGCAGAGCAGUGGCUCAGGGUAAUCCAGGAGACCAGCGGUCUGCUGUGCGAAGGAGGCAGUGAGGGCAAUCAGUACAUCCCAGAUUCGCAGCGCCUCAGUUACCCAAAGGUGGAGGUAUCUGAGAGGUACUCUGCAGCCUCCGAGAGUGGGAGCAGCACGGACGGCCACCCAGAGACAGCUGAGACAAAAGAUGUUAAGAAAAAGGGCACAACUGGCCUGAAACUGAGCAACCUGAUGAACCUUGGGAGGAAAAAAUCCAGCUCCCUGGAUAGCCCAGAGAGAUCCCUGGAGACUUCAAGUUACCUGAAUGUGCUAGUGAACAGCCAAUGGAAGUCCCGUUGGUGUCAGAUAAAAGAUGGUCACCUCCAUUUCUACCAGGACAAGAACCGGAGCAAACUGGCUCAACAGCCCCUCAGUUUGGCAGGUUGUGAAAUUAUCCCGGAGCCAAGCCCUGAUCAUCUCUACUCCUUCCGCAUCCUGCACAAUGGGGAAGAACGAGUCAUUCUGGAGGCAAAGUCCUCUGAGGAAAUGGGCCACUGGCUGGGCCUCCUUUUGUCGGAGUCAGGUUCGAAAACAGACCCAGAGGAAUUUACGUAUGAUUAUGUGGAUGCCGACAGGGUUUCCUGCAUUGUGAGCGCUGCGAAGAACUCCUUCUUCUUAAUGCAGAGGAAGUACUCUGAGCCCAACACCUAUAUUGACAACCUGCCAAAGGGUAGGAUGCAGCAGGAGGAGCUGUACGACGAUGUGGAUCUGCCAGACCUGCCUGUGGAUGAAGUACCCAAGAGCGAGAGCAAACUGGAAGGGGACCAAGACAGAGUGUACCUAGACCUCACCCCUGUGAAGUCCUUCCUACACUGUGCUGGCAAGAAGUCAUGCCAGCCUUCACCCCUUAGCUCACCACCAUUAGAAAGGGCUGCCAACAAGGCUGCAGCAGAGACCUCAGCCGAGACAUCCCUCAUGGCUAAGGAAGCUGAGCCCUGUACUAAGGCAGUGGAGACCUCAGAGCAGAAACACCCAGAGAAGCCAGAACCUGAUGAGGUGCUGCCACGGAUGCCUGCCGUCAAAAUCCAGACACAGCAGCAGAACAUUGCCUUCCCCCAGCCAGCCCCCGAGGUGCCGGGGGGCACAGUGCCGGGGGGCAGUCCCCAGCUGGUGCCUGCACACCGGCCCAAGAUGCCGCUGCCAGCAGCAGCAGUGGAAACCAAGCUGGGCAAGAACAGGACCGAGGUGGAGGUGAAGCGGUUUACAGAGGAGAAGGAGCGGCUGGAGAAGGAGAAGGAUGAAAUCCGGGCUCAGCUCACCCAGCUGCGCAAGGAGAGGCGGGAGCUGAAGGAAAUGCUUGGGGGCAGCUCAGACAAGAGCCUGGAGCAGAGACUGAAGGAGAUAGAAGAAGAAUGCAAAAGGAAGGAGAGCCAGAGGGUGGACCUGGAGCUGAGCCUGGUGGAGGUGAAGGAGAACCUGAAGAAGGCAGAGUCUGGCCCUGUGACACUGGGCACUGCAGUAGACACCACGCACCUGGAAAAUGCAGCCCCCCGGAUUCAGGCAAAAAGUGCCAGUCCAGCAAACAGCGCAGAGAACUCGCCAGUCAAUUCAGCAACGGCUUUAAAGAACCGGCCUUUAUCUGUCAUGGUGACAGGGAAGGGAACAGUCCUACAGAAAGCUAAGGAAUGGGAGAAGAAGGGAGCUAGUUAGAACCAUGUUUUUCAGAGAUGGACUAAAGACUGGAAUUGCCCAUGCAUGGCCAAGGGGCUUCAAUCAUCUGCAGGUGGAGGUUGGGUGUGCAACACAACUACACACCAAGCACCUCCUCUACGUCGCGCCAACUGCUCAGAUGCAGCAAUGGAGUCAACAGCUGCCGAUACGAGUUAUCCCAAAUGAUUUUGCUCUUUCCAGACAAGUCUCAAUCAUGUAGCUUAAACAAUAACAACCACUGGCAAUCCUUGCAUCAAAUUCCUAACCCAGUUGAUGUAAACAAGAAUGUGUUCCUGUACAUAGGGGUGUUUUGUGUAUUUCUACUCUGAAGGUUUAUCAAUGAGUUAUUAAGGUUUCUAUAUUAGUGGCAAUAGUAGGUUCAGAAGGGGCCUCCCCUAUUCUUUAUACACCGGUGGUUUUCAACCUGUCAUGGCAAAUUGCAGUCAACUAAAGUCUCACCUGUCUUGCUGCAAGUCAUCAUUCAGCUGCAUUUCAUCCAGCCUUCAGUCAAGGGCAGUACCCAUGCCUGAGCAAUGCUUGAGACAUGAAUGAGAAGCAUGCAGCAGCCGGUCCAGGGGAUUUUUAAUCUGUGUCCUGAUGCACCCCAGCAUAUGCUUAUUCCUACCAGCUUGCAGCAGAUUUGCCAGAAUGUCAAGGAAGAUCCCUGCUCACCUUCUCAAUCUGUAAGCUGUGUUAUAGACUGGUGCCACCAAGAGUUCUGGGCAAAGAAGAUCUGCCAAGCAGAUUUAGUUAAUUUUCUUGAAGAUCUUGAUCUAUUUCACCUGAGGGGUUUGUUCUGGGGGGAAAAAAAA